AUGGCCGAGAUACGAGCAAACUACGAGCGUUUGCCGACGUUUAGACUAGACUAUGAUAGCGAAAAUUUGGAGGAUGAUUUCAAAGAUAAACCAGUCCAGCACCGCCACCACCUCUCUUUGCUGGUCCGAAAGUCGCGCCGCUUAACCUCGCGUCUCUGCCGGCCACACUCGCUUCUGGCUCUAUUGUUAGGACUAUUGGGUUUGCAGUUACUCUGGAACGGCUCGUACGGGGAAAAUAGUGCGCCAAAGUUUCAGGUCAAUAAACAAGAGAAAGUCUUCAUCGCAGCAAAUAUUAUUGAUGGAGAUUUGAUUGAAAGUGCAUGGGGCCCCAGACUGCUCUCUUUGAUAGACCUGAUUGGAAGUGAGCGAACUUUUGUCAGUAUAUAUGGCGGACCAUCGCUAGAGCUGCUCCAACUUAAAGAGAAGUUGAAAUGCAAUCACAAGGUCGUAGUCGAAGACACUGAGCCCGUGAAGCUCGACAAACUGCCCAAAAUAAUGCUGCCCGAUGGGCUACAGAGGAUUAAAAGAAUCGCCUUCCUCGCAGAAGUUCGAAACAAAGUCUUGGAGCCUCUUGUCUACCUGGAGACGCAAGGCAUUGUGUUUGGCAAGGUCCUGUUCAUCAACGAUGUCUACUUUGAGCCAACGGAGGUCCUCCGACUUAUUUGGGGUACAAACGUAGAUAAACACGGGAAUGCAGCGUAUAAGGCUGCAUGCGCUGCUGAUUUUUCGACGAGUUGGAAGUACUACGACACCUUUGCCACGCGGGACGCAGAGGGCUACAGUCUGGGUGUGCCCAUUUAUCCCUGGUUCUCGUCUGAGGGAGAGGCUGUGAGUCGGAAUGAUGUCCUCGCCAGUCGAGAUGCAGUCCGUGUCAAGAGUUGCUGGGGGGGUAUGGUUAGUUUUGAUGCCCGCUACUUUACCCCGAACACGCCAUCAUUAUCUGAUCAUGAAAGACUCAACACAAGCAUACAAGCUAGUAAAGACGAAGCCCAAGUCCAGCUUCCAUUACGUUUUCGCUCCGAGCCCGAGCCGUUUUGGGAUUCUAGCGAGUGUUGUCUCAUACAUGCCGAUAUAUCUGCAUUACCCGAACUCUAUCGGCCUGGCGACGAGGCGAGGGAGUAUGAUUCUGGAAUCUACAUGAACCCGUAUGUACGUACGGCCUACUCGGAAAGUGCCUUUAACUGGAUUCCGUUUGCGAAACGAUACGAGCGAUUGCUAGCACCCUUGCAGCAUCUCAUCAACCGCUUGGCAAAAAUGCCUCGCCCCAAUUACCGGCGCACAGAGGUGGCCGGGCAGCUGGUCGAUGACCAGAGGUGGAUCAGUUAUAGUGUCUCUCCGAAUCUGACUUUACCGCUCGCGCCGCACCACCAAGAUGUGUCCGAAAAUGUGUGGCGUCAGCGCGGCUUCUAUGAGAAUGUGAAGCGAGUUGCUCGGCGUGGAGGUUAUUGUGGUGUACGCCAGCUACUCGUUUUGAAGGAGGAUCAAUUUUCCGAAGAAAAUAAUGGCAAGGGUGGUGAGAAUUGGGAUAACUUGCUCGCGAGCGUGCCACCCCUAAAUCUUUGA